UCUUCUCUGUGUUCAUCCUCUUCCUCUCUUCUUCUUCAAGAACUUUGCAUGCAAUAAAAUCUGUGGAAAUGGCCAAAAAACACAAAGCUAGAGAUGUUGAUCGUCCUGAGCUUCACAUUGUAAAUUAUUUGUCUGAUCCUAAUUAUAGUUCACGGAUGAUGACAUGUGACCACCCACUGCCUCCUGAUCGGUACCAUCCGAGUGUAGAGGAUCAUUUACGGGUUACUGGAUUUUAUCAUGCCUCUCAGAUUGGAGUAGUUCAAUGCCAGAAAGCAUUGAUAAAUGCUCUAGUGGAGAGGUGGCGGCCGGAAACACACACCUUCCACCUUCCGAUUGGUGAGUGCACAGUGACGCUGGAGGAUGUAGCCGUUAUUUUGGGCCUCCUGACGAACGGCCUUCCGGUGACAGGGAUGACCUUGAGCAGCUUCGAAGCAUUGGAGGGUGAGUGUUUCCAUCAGUUUGGGGUUGCACCGAGGAAGGCCGACUGCAGAGGGAGCGGCAUAAAAUUGACAUGGCUUAGGAAUCUGAAAGAAUGUAUACAACUGACUGACGAAAACAGUAUGCAGAGGUACGUCAAGUGCCACAUUAUGUUGUUAUUGGGUACUAUCUUACUUGGAGACAAGUCAGGGGCAUCUGUGCACUGGAAGUUUCUACCUUUGCUCCGGGAUUUUCAUAGUAUCAGUCAUUUUAGUUGGGGAUCGGCAUGUUUGGCGCACCUAUACAAGUCCUUAUGCCGGGCAUCUCGUUUUGAUUGUAAAGAAAUCGAUGGUCCGUUAACACUUCUGCUAGCUUGGUUUUGGAUCCGCCUACCCUAUCUUGCGCCCCCUACUAGGGAACCCCGCAGUUUUCCGCUUGCAAACAGGUGGCGUAACUGGGAGCGUGGUGACAAUCGGUAUAGAUAUCUUAGCCUCGCCCACUUUAGAAAGGCAUUAGAUGAGGUUUAGGAAGGGCAGGUGUGUUUUUAUUAGAAAAGUAUUUGUCUCGAACUGAGGUUGACUGUUAUUUGGCUUGUAAUCAUGUGUGUCUUGUGCUGUGUGCAGUUCGUGUGGGUUGCUUAUGGUGUGGAUCGCAUUGAUCCGGGCAUAAAUCUACUGUCCUGGG